GUAACCUGCCUAUAGUAAAUGUAUUAACCUGAAUUUGGUCUGUCUGCAGAUUUUGGAGUAAAUACUGAAUAUCUACUUGGUUGGUAGGACAGAGGACCGACCAAUGAGAAGUAAUACCUAUCAGAUGCGAUGCCCUGAAUUCAUCUGUCUGUCUACUUCCACCAACUCAUAGCGCGAUGGUUGACAUUACAUGUCACACUUACUAAAUGUCAUCGCAGUAUAACAAAAGUAAUUAUUCCUUGAGUAACGAACGUAUCGAUCGACGCUACCGCCACACCGCCGCUGCGGCUAACAAAAAUACAACUCGCUGUCGCUGGUUCGCUCACGCUCAGUAGUUGUUGUGAUUGCGUCAGUGCAUAACGUGUUUAUACAUUCCAGACAUGGUUUUAUCAAAAGUAGCUCUGUAUUGUCUUGAAAGCAACCCGUACUUAGCUCAUGAUAUAAUUACCACUCGGACGAUACUAAACAAAGGCCGGAUAUAUGAAAAAUUUCAUCAGCUUUACGAAAAUGCCAGAAAAAAGCCUAACAGAUUCUACAAAUACACUAAAAUGUCCAUUGAAACUUUCGAUUACAUAGUAGAAAACGUAGAAAAGGCGGAAGAAAUGUUAGCGAACAAGAAUUUAUCUGUUGCGGAGAAGGUAUUUCUAACUUUGAGGUGUCUUUCUACUACAAAGUCUUAUGCCUGCCUUCAUCAAGAACAUGGUUUAAGCAGAAGUACAGUAAGCUCAAUCGUGUAUAGUACUUUGAAAGUUAUGUGGAAAACACUACGUCCUUUACAUAUGCCUAAACCGACGACUGAACAUUUGAGAUCUGUAUCAAGCGAGUUCUACUUGAACUGGAAGUUUCCCAAUUGCAUGGGAUGCAUAUCUGCAAAGCAUUUUUAUGUAUAUGCACCAAGAAACAAGUCGAAGGAAGCUACAAUAAUGCUGCAAGGUAUUUCUGAUUCAGACUACAAAUUUUUAGCAAUUGAAACAAUAGAUGAAACACAAACAAAUGAAGAUAUUCUAACAAAAUCUAAACUGCUACCGCAGAUACGUUCAGUUGCGCCUCUGCCACAAUAUCUUCCGUACUCGAAAACCAAGUUGCCUCACAUUCUAAUUGGCGAUGAAGAAUAUCCUCUAAAAACGUAUUUAAUGCGCCCUUAUCCUCCUAGACAUUCAAAUGAAGAAAAACGUCGUUUUAACACGAUAUUGCGAAAACCAGCGAUUGUCAUUUAUAGGACGUUCGAUUUGUUAAUUGAAAAAUGGCGUAUUUUAAAAAAGCCUAUUACGAAAUCUAUAGGUCACGCUAUGUUAAUUGCAAGGGUUGCUUGUCUUCUUUACAAUGUCGUAAGAGAUAUGGACGGUGACAGAGACAAAGAAUUUCAAAUGCUCGUGGCGAACGUCACCCUGAAGCAUCCAUUGGUAAUGACUGGAGUACGAUCAAGGCGUAACAACCGAUAUUCAGCUCAAGCAAGAUUCGUACGAGAACAUUACAAAAAAUAUUUGACACAACAAACUUACUAAGGUAGACACAUAAAACACACUCUCGUACCGGAUUGACAAGAGCUGCGAUUUCCCGUCCGAGACAGAUUUUUUUUCGAUUUAAUUUUCUCUUUAUGAAACAUAUAAAAAUAAAUAAAUAAACUUACUUCUUGCAGUUGGAAA